UAUCCAAUAUAGACCAUAAAAAGAAUACCAAAACAAUCACAAUAAAAGACAUCCAUUUGUACAUUAAUUAAUUAUCAUUCAUCAAACAACAUUAAAUACACCCCCCAAUUACUCACACGCCUCCUUUUACAUUUAUAAAUAAAUAUUUUCUCUCUCCUUGGAAAUUAUUAAUUAAUUAGUUUACCCCACAACUCUUCAAUAUCCCUUCUUUAUUACUACUACGCUACUUUCAUUCUUGGCUAUAACAUUAAAUUCCAACACCAAUAAAACCAAAACUAAUUAAUGGUUAUUUAAUUUUUUUCUCACACCCAAUUCCAAACACUCAUUUAAUUUUCAUCAUUUUCUUCCCACCCCGUAAUUAAUUCGAACUUCCCCUUUUUUUUUUUAUUUAUUCAUUUUUCUUUCUUCAUUCUUUUCAUAUCUCCACUUUUUUCCUUCCUAUUUUCUCUCUCCUUUUUUUCAUCAUUUUCUCUCUCCUCUGUUUCAUAUUUUGAAUAAAAUUAUGGCUGCUGAUGUUAGUAUGUUGAUUAAAGAUAAUAAUACGAAAUCUGGGUUAAUUACUCGUGAUUUUCUUGGUGGGUGUUUUGGUAUUGAUUCUAAAGAAUUAGACCUUGAUUUGCAUGUUCCUAAUGGUUGGGAAAAACGUCUUGAUCUUAAGUCAGGAAAAGUCUACAUACAGAGAAGCAAUCCUGCAAACUCAGCAUCUGAACAUAAGAAAAUGGCAAAAGAGAUUUCCACCAAACCACAAGAUUUAAACGUGUUUCAACAAUCAUCAUCAUCAUCAUCCAAUACAAAGCCAACACUUGGACUGCUUGAACAACCAAGUUUAGACCUUAAGUUAAUCCCUAAUAAUCAACCCUCAAAUUAUUCAAGUGUGUGUACUUUAGACAAGGUGAAAUCAGCUCUUGAUAGAGCUGAGAGAGCCUCACCUACAUCCUCAUCAUCAACUUCCUCGUCGUCUUCAUCUAAGAAGCGUUGGAUGAUGAUGCCUACGACUGUCAGAUCAUCAUCAAAGUCGUCUCCAUCACCCUCGAAUUCCUUGUCAUUGUCUAUUGGUGAGGAGGAACGGGAGUCAUCAAGGUUGUCGAAUUCUUUACCUUCUGAUAAUCAAAAUAAAGGGUUAUUGGUUGCUGCAGCUUGCCCUGCUUGCUUGCUAUAUGUGUUGAUAUCGAAGAAUGAUCCUAAAUGUCCUAAGUGCAAUUCAGUUGUUCAUUUGCCUACGAUGAAUAAGAAGCCUAAGAUUGAUCUUAACAUGUCGAUGUGACUCAUAUGAGCUCGGGUUGUUUAGGAAUUGAAGUCGGAUGCAGCCAGUUUGAUUGGAUUUUGAAUGGUUUCAUCCUCUAGCAUUUCUUGGCGGGGGUAAUACUUCUAGUAUGGUUUAGUAUCAGCCUUAUGAAAGAUGAUAGUUCUACGAGAGCUGAGAUAGGUAGUUUAUUGAUAGACUAAUAGACUUGUACAUUUCUAAAGUUAUACAUGAUUAAGGAAAAAUUUCUUUAGCUUUUCGUCCUUCUUUUGAUUCAAUUCAAUGUCUUUCAAUACAUGGCUUGUUCUUUUA